AUGGCCAUUUUCGGGCUCUGGGUCAUCAAUAAAGCAGGAGGACUCGUUUAUGAACGGAGUUUCGGAGACGGUCUUCCACACCUGACCUCCAACGAAUACCUGGUACUUGCCGGAACUCUGCAUGGCAUCCAUGCCAUCACGAGUCGAUUGUCUCCUACCGGAUCCAGCUCUGGAGCUCAUGUCAUCUCGGGCGAGACGUUCAAGAUGAACAUCCUAUUGACAGCCACUGGUACCAAAUUUGUACUGAUGACUUCACUCGUUGAGCCCACCGCGGACACGGUGCUCCAGAAGGUGUAUGAGAUCUACGCGGACGCUGUCAUGAAGAAUCCGUUCCAUACACCAGAGAUGCCGAUUCGGAGUGAAGGUUUUGACACGCGCAUCGGCCAGCUUCUGGGCUAA